AUGUCUUCAUUAAACUCAUUAAACGGUUUUGAGAGUACUUCAAGUCCUGACUCGUGUAAAAAGAAAACAUACAUUAAUGACCCGAUACAUAAUUUAAUGGAGUUUGAAGGGUGGAUGAUGGAAUUUGUGGAUACUCCAGAAUUUCAGCGACUACGUAAUAUCAAACAGCUGGGGAGUACAUAUUGGGUGUUCCCCGGGGCGAGUCAUAGUAGGUUUGAACACAGCUUAGGGGUGGCCUGGCUCUCUUAUAAUCUCGUCAAAAGGUUCGAGCGAGAACAACCGGAACUUGAACUCGACGUAAACGCUGUGAAUUGUGUGACUCUUGCUGGCUUAUGUCACGACUUGGGCCAUGGCCCUUUCAGUCAUAUUUUCGAUAACUCAAUAGUUCCAAAACUAAGACUAGGACGAAAGUGGUGCCAUGAGGAAAGUUCAACAAUGAUGCUUGACUUCUUGGUUAAGAAAAAUGAGAUCGAUAUUGAGAAAAGCAAGAUUGAUAUUGAAUUUGUAAAAACUUUGAUUCGUGGUCAAAGAAAUGGAGACUCUGAUCGAGAGUUCCUAUUUGAUAUUGUUGCCAAUCAGCGCAACUCUGUAGACGUCGAUAAAUUCGAUUACCUCAAAAGAGAUUGUUAUUACACGAAACCGGGAAUAAACUUCGAUGCCGAACGACUUAUGAAGUUUUCACGAGUUGAACAGGGUCAGAUCUGUUAUUUGCACAAAGAAUAUAACAACUUAUACGAUAUGUUCCACACUCGGACUUCUCUUCAUAGGAGAGUCUACAAUCAUCCGAAAGGCAAAGCCAUCGAGUUUAUGAUUGCCGAUGCGAUUGUGUCGGCAAGUGAACAUCUUCAAAUAAAGGAAGCUAUUUAUGAUCCAGAAAGGUAUAUGGAACUCAACGAUCAUAUCUUGCAUAGAAUUGAGUGGUCAACUGAUUACGCAAAUGCAAGAGAGAUAAUAAGACGUCUCAAAAUCAGAGAUUUGUAUAAAUUCGUAGAUGUAAAGAUGAUACCAGCUGAAAGAAGAAAAACUGCCGAAGAUUUAGAACGUGUAAAGAAGGAGAUCACUCCCCUUAAGAUCAGCGAGCACGGGCAUCACUCUAACCUCAAAGAAGAUGAUAUCAUUGUGGAUUUUUUCAAAUUAAAUUUCAAAAAAGGAAAAGAAAAUCCCCUUGAUUCUAUUAAGUUCUACAAUGACUACAACCCCAAAGAAG